AUGGCCGGCGAAGAAAUCCAAUCCCGAUUCGCUCCCAAUGGAACCUUGGAGCCAGACGUUGUCAGCGAGCUCGAGUCCAUGGCAAGACUACACGAUAUCUCUACGGAAGACCUCUAUUUCAAAUGGGAGUCUUACUGCAUCAAGAUGGAUGUGGAUACGCAAGCUGUUACGCUGUCGAAUGUGCGCGGUCUGAAGCAAGGCAUCCAGGACGAGCUGGAGAAGUCGCAGCACCGGGUGCAGCUCAAGAGCGAGAGGAAGAUGGCGCCAACUUCAAGGUCCAAGCCGGGAGCCAAAGGAGGCGAUGUAUUUGGCAUGUUGGAUGGGCUGGUACCAAGCACGCCUUCGACUGGGAGGCUGAACAAGGCCCCCGGCAGUGGUGGAGGCAGCCUAAGACGGAGGAUGGAAAUGCAGAGAGACAUACCGAGCUCGCCAGCAGCAGGACUCAACGAGCAACUAAAAUCAAUGAAUCUUCCAGAGAAGUCCUUUGCGGAUCGACAGAACCCAGGAGAGGUAAUCGAAAUUUUGAACGACGAGCUUCCACCCGCCGAAGCGCCGAUUGCGCCGUUCCCCGAGCCGAGAAUCAAGCUCACAGCUGCUUCCGAUCAGAAGAAGACGGGAUAUAAACCUCUUGCUAUGAAGCUAUCAGAGGCCAGUGAGAUCUUGGACGACCGAAUCGACGAUUUUAUUGACUUGGUUCGCGAGCAUCACAAUCUGGAAGAUUCUGCCUUUGGCAACGCUGCAACUGCAAGCACAACUGAGUUUGUAGCCGUUGGCCGUAUAGCGUCAGAUGCUCUAGAGGGGAAACUCAAUGCCGCAUCGAUAGUGUUGGAGACCUCGAGGCGGAUGGGGAGAGGUCUGAGAGUACCGCUGAAGUUGGACGGCAUACGAGGUUGGAACUUCUUUCCUGGUCAGAUCGUUGCACUGAGAGGCAGCAACAUCACGGGUGACGAAUUUAUUGUGAAGGAACUCCUGGACAUGCCCCUUCUACCGAGUGCUGCAUCUAGUCCUUCAGCCCUGGAAGCUCAUCGAGAGAAGCUCAGAGGUGAUCCCGAUGCCAUGGAUUCGGACUCGACCCCAGCGCCACUGAGCAUCAUAUAUGCGGCUGGCCCAUAUACAGCCGAUGAUAACCUCGACUACGAACCGCUGCAGGCGCUCUGUAACCAGGCAGUGGAUACAUAUGCCGACGCCCUUAUCCUCACAGGACCAUUCCUUGAUAUCGAUCAUCCACUCAUAGCUACGGGUGACUUUGAUCUGCCCGAAGAGGCGACAUACGAUCCUGAUACUGCCAACAUGAAUACUGUUUUCAAAUAUCUCGUCGCCCCGGCACUAAACCGCCUCGCCUCCGCAAACCCUCAUCUCACCGUCAUCCUCGUCCCUUCCGUGCGCGACGUCCUCAACAAACACGUCUCCUGGCCUCAGGAUACGAUUCCUCGACGAGAGCUCGGUUUGCCCAAAUCGGUGAGGAUCGUCUCCAAUCCGAUGACCCUGUCCAUGAACGAGGUUGUGCUCGGCCUGUCCAGUCAGGAUGUGUUGUACGAACUACGUAACGAGGAGGUCACCAAGGGGGCACCCGCCGGAGAUCUGAUGAGACGGCUGUGUCGCUACCUCGUUGAGCAGCGGCACUUCUUCCCCGUGUUCCCGCCGACGGAUCGGUCGAGACUGCCCAAGACAGGAACCGAGGACGGGCUUGCGACGGGUGCCAUGUUGGAUGUGAGCUAUCUCAAAUUGGGUGAGAUGGUCAAUGUUCGGCCUGACGUGAUGUUGAUGCCCAGUUCAUUACCCCCUUUCGCGAAGGUUGUUGAAAGUGUCUUAGCUAUUAAUCCCGGCUCAUUAUCAAAGAGGCGCGGCCCGGGAACGUACGCCCGCAUGGCUCUCUAUCCCCCGUCUUUGGACGGAGAAGUAAUAAACGGCUUGAUAACUCACAAGGUAUUCGACAGGGCACGAGUAGAGAUUGUAAGGAUUUAA